AUGGAGUAUAAGAGCUUUUGUAGCUGUUUGUUUGCUGUGUUGUUGGGUUUGAUUACCUCCUCUCAGGCUUACAAAUUCUAUGUUGGUGGCAAAGAUGGGUGGGUUUUAAAACCCUCCGAGAGUUACAAUCACUGGGCUGAAAGAAUGAGGUUUCAAGUUAAUGAUACUCUCUAUUUUAAGUACAACAAAGAUUCAAACUCUGUGUUGGUCGUCAACAAAGAUGAUUACUAUUCAUGCAACACAAAGUAUCCCAUACAAUCCUUAUCAGAUGGGGACUCAGUCUUCCACUUCAAUCGCUCAGGUCCACACUACUUCAUCAGUGGCAAUGCCGACAACUGCAACAACGGCCAAAAGGUCAUCAUCGUUGUUAUGGCUGUGAGACACCACCACCACCACCAUGCUCCUCCCUCUCCUUCUCCAGCAGCAGCCUCGCCAUUAGCUUCUUCAUCUCCUGCAUCUCAUCCUUCUUUGUCACCUCCAGUGGAGUCUCCACACACUAGUACUCCGCCGUCUACUCUUACGGAGCCACCAAAAUCGUCUAGUGGAAAUUCAUCGGAUAUAGAUUCUCCGGCGCCGGCUCCUUCAAAAUCCGGUUCAGCAGGCUUAGCUAGUUCAGCUGGGUCGGUUUUGGGAUUUAGUGUUGUAGCGAGUGUGGUUUUAGGUAGCUUAAUUGGGGUAUUUUAG